AUGUCGAUAUUUUUUGAUUUUAAAGUAGGGUUGAAUGGUAGAAGAUUCAGACGAGCUGUAGAUGGAGAUAAGUGUGAUAUUGAAGUAAUAAUAGAACAUAAAUAUACUGAAAAGUUAUUUGGUAAACCUGAUAUUGGUACUUUGAUCGAAUUAUCCACUCUUUCAAUAUGCAUGAUAAAUGAAAACAAGGAAGUGAUCGGUUUUAUGGCUCUAUGUGACCAUCCGAAUAUACCUGGCGUGGAUCCAUCCGACUGGGAAGUAUGGCUACAUUGGACCUCUCGAUAUUUAACAUUUAAAAAACACAAUAUAUAUAAAUACAAACCCAAGUUUUGUAACGACUCUGAAAAUACUAUGUAUUUUUAUACUGCAUUGCGGAAUGAAUUUUGUGCUAAACUAAAAAUACGUAGAGCCGUAGAAGAAGAUAAUGACGAUAUAGUAAGGAUUUUAGCGAAAAAAUGUCCAAGGUUACACGAAUUAUAUGGCGAAUUCUAUAUUAGUGAAAUUAUAGGACGCCAUCCAGAAACCGAUAGGCAAAUCAUUGUAGCUGACCAACACGAUCAAGCUGUGGGAGUCAUGUGUUUAAAUUCAGAAAUUAAUUACGAUAUGCUUCAAAAUACUUACGAAGUUGACCCUUUUCAUGGUCUUAAAAAAGCAACGCCUUUAGAAAAAGAGAGAUACAAGCGAACAAACACAUUGCUUCAUACUUUCGGAGAACCUAUAAUGAAUGGCAAAUGGAGUCCCUUUGAUGAAAUUAAAAGAAAAAGGAAUCUUAAAAUAAGGGAUGAAACAGAAUCAAUAGCAAAACAGGAUAAAGCUAAAAAAAGUCAUAGUAAAGUUAAUUUUGUUCGUAACAUCACGACACAAAGCGACGACUACAAACACCAAUAUUCCGAAGAUUAUAGUGAACGAGAACUACGGUCUUCAAAUAUUUCCUUGAAUGUUUCUCAAUCGGUUGCAAAUAUACUUGAAGAGGAGCCCUUCGAUUAUGAAAUAGUGAAUAUCGAUAAACGAUUGUUAACUGUACCUGAAGUACUUUCAUGUGACUUUUUAUUGCCUAACACAGAAAACAUGGGACCGAGGCGCUCCCGAGCUAUUGAGAUUCAAGAAACGAUUAAACGAAGAUCUUCUAUAUUAAAAGCAAAAACAAUUGAGGAAACUAAGUCGCAAAAAUAUUCCGGCGAUCCUAAUGCGUUUAUGAUUGAGUUGUUUGGGUUUCGCGAAGAUAUUGACGAUAGGCAAGGAUUUCACUUAUUGGAAGCUGCAUUCGAAAUAAUGAAAGAAUACGACUACUGUAUCAUUCGCGUACCUUGCAAAGAUAGGAGCUUUCACUUACUUCAACAUUUUUGCUUUGUUCCUCCUAAAAACAAUAUAUCGAGUGACUACGCCUUAUAUGUAGCUCACAGAAGUUCUGUACUCGGUAAGCUAAGAGUCCGUAGAGCAGAAAUAAUGGAUAUUCCGCAAAUAGCCCAACUAUUAAAAAGUUUAGAUAACAAAGAAACUUUGUGGACUAUAGAGAAUACUAUUUUGCUUAAAAAUAAAUUACAGUGCUACGUGCUUUUAACCAGUACGACGCUUGUGGGGAUUGGUAUAAUAGAGCAACCGGAACAAAUAGAUUUUAUACGUGCAAAAUUUAAUUUAGACGCGCAUCGUUUGCAUAAAUACUAUGCGAGCGAAGGAUACAAUUGUGGAAUCUCGACAUUAAAAGCUGUUUUGGUUUACCCUGUCUUUGAAGCGCACUUCCGAUUCUUUGCGAGGGAAAUGAUGAGAUUUUCUGGAUCCUAUUCAAUCCUGUGGCUAACUGCGUAUCGUAAUAAAUGGCUGACACACAAAGCAAAUUCUUUAGUCGGUUCAAUGAUUCCUUUACUACCUAGAAAAUCAGAAAUAGAUUGUACGUCUAUUGGAGAACUGAGAAGAAUUCGGAAACUAUCAAAAACUGUGAUCGCCUUCAGUAGCUGGUUUUUGAGCAAAAAGCUUACUAGCAUUCCUCAAAUCAAUGUGGAUACACGAUUAGUAAUUGUUGGAGCAUCUCGAACAGCAAUGGCAUUCUUAAAUACGUUACUAUUCAGUGAUUCUUGUUCAUAUCUGUUAUUCACAAAUGUAACACUAAUAUCGCCUAAUGGAUUACCUUAUAACAAGCGAUCGAAGCCAAUAUCUGAAAUGAUGUUCAAAAAAUAUCGUACUAAUUCAGAGAAAUUUCUUAAAAGUGUGCCUUACACUUACUAUGUAAAUAUUAUUCAAGCUACAAUGGUGGAGAUCAAUAAACGAGAAAAAUAUAUAACUCUUUCAAAUAAAGAGAGAUGUGCAUAUGAUAUGUUAUUUUUAUUAUUUGGAAAGCAAUUCCAACAUCCGGAUUACUUAAAAUCUGUUUUCCAAAGAAGUGAUAAAAUGUCACAAUACACACGUCUAGAUGUACCUAAAGCUAGCUUAAAGCCCGUAAUUAAUUAUACUCCAACUAAUGUCUUUAUUGUGAACACUCUAACCGACGCUAAUAGAGCACUUAAUUUUGUUAAAGCUUUUAAAUGGAACGAUAUGGAUUAUGAUAUUAUCGUGUAUGGUGCGACAAAACAUGCGUAUUGUUGCUUAGCUACAUUGGUUGAAAUGAAGAUACCCGUUGAGAAUAUAAUAUUUGUUGAACCAUUUCCGCAUGAAAAUAUUAGAAAAACUAGAGUUUCCUACUUUUGUAAUGUUUAUAUUGACAAGUCAGUUACAGAGGUACUCAAAAACCUCAGGAUUAAAGCAUACCGAUCUUACUAUUUCCAAAAUUGGGUCACUGAUAGUGAUAAUUUUGUGACACAUGUCGAUUUUUUGUCGCAUCACCAUUUUCUCAGAUUAAAAUGUUCUGCUUUCUUCUAUUAUGGGUUUCGAGGAGUAAAUAAACAAGCUUUCAUUGCUAUACACAAAAGUGGCAUUGCGUAUGAUGGCGGUAUCCUUAUAGACCAUGAGUUUAGAACAAAAGAUCAUUCAAUAUAUGCAGCUGGACCAGCAACUAGAUAUUAUAGAAAAUAUUAUGCUGACAAUAAAAGGCACAAAUACUACGAUGCCUAUGAAAUCGGUAGUAAGUUAGGAUAUUUAAUAAGGAAUCAGUUAGAUCCUUUAUUUACUGAAGUUAAACAGGAACAGGAAAAGUAUACCAACAAUUCUGUAAAAAGUGGUCUGGUUAUGGAAACGUUUAAGGAAGGAUAUUUUAAACUCCAUCUUACUAAUGAUUUUAUCGUGGAUGGCAUUACAUGUUUAACUCCCCAGAGCUAUUCAUUGGACAAUUUUACAAAACUGUACGGACUUUCUGCUACGGUUUUAAAUAACGUUCAUUUACGUUAUACUGCAAAGAAAUUAGAUAACUUUUAUAAAUUCUUCCGUGCGCCUUGGGCUUAUUUUAUAUACCAUGAUCAGAGUAAAGAAUUAUUUGCAAUGGCAAAGGAGUUACUUCCAAAGGGACAACGUCAAGGCGAUACUUUAGCGGAAGCUAUGCGAAAUAUUGGAGGAAAAUUAAGCCACCCGUCUUUUAAAUUUCAGACAGGACUUAAGAUUAAGCCAAGUUUUGAGAAAUCUCCUCAUGUGGAAGCCAUCACAGAUUAUGUCAUAGAAUGGUUGUCAGAGCAUGAUGUUCUAUUACCCAUGUAUUUACAGCCAUGGCAAGUAACCCAAUAUGGCCACGACACUAACUAUAAUCCAGCUCUGGGAAAAAAGAAGAAUUCUAUAGCGAAAUUGCUGUCUAAUAUAUUU